AUGUCGAUACCAUUCCUCCAACAUAUCUGGAUCUGGACCUGGAUCGCCAACCUAACCCUAGCCAGCACAUCCACCUACACCAUCCCUCCCACCUCCCCCACCACCGCCGCAACCCUCGACCCCGCUCCCAUCGGCCUCUCCUACGAAUUCUUCACCUUCCCCUCCUACCGCACAAACGUAACCGCCACCCCGCAAUGUGAAAAAAACCUCGCAGCCGCAUACGCAGGAACCUACCCGCCAAUCCGCAUCGGAGGCACGACGCAAGAUCGCGCGGACUAUGACCCCAACCUGUCCGCGUACGUAACGUAUUCUGUAGCAAGCGAUAAAGAUGCUCCGAAGACGCUGAAGUAUGGUCCGAGGUUUUUCGAUCUGGCAGGGGGGUAUGAGGGGCGGGUUGUUUUGGGGUUGAAUAGGGGGCAUAACGAUGUUGGGAACACAGUGGAGGCGGCGAAGAAAGCGAAGGGAGUUAUGGGAAAUUUGGUGGGGGUGGAGAUGGGGAAUGAACCUGAGUACUUCAAAUCUGAUGGCCAAGCAAUCGCAAAAGGGACAUGGAACGCAGCAACCGAUGCAGCGAGCCAAGCCAACUGGCAAAUGCAGGUAGGAAAAGCAAUCGGAAACCUCAUCCAAGCAUCCAACUCUUUACAAAGUCCACCACAAUGGGGCGCGGAGCAGUUGCUGAACGCCCAGAAUUCCACGGCACUGGGUUAUAUCAAGACGUUCAGUCAUCAUAACUACCCAGGAGGUAGCAUCCAGAGCUUGAUGAGCCAUGCAAAUGUCGUCAAGAAUGUAAAUUCGUUUAAGAGCGAUGUAGCCGCGGCAAGGAAGGCAGGGAAGGAGUAUGUUUUUGGAGAGACAAACAGUGCAACCGGCGGAGGUGCAGCUUCUGUCUCCCCCUCUUUCGGCGCCGCCCUCUGGGUGGCCUCUAUUUCCCUGCGCGCCACAUCCUCCAGCAUCUCCCGACUCUACUUCCACCACGGCACGAUCGGUGCGUGUCAAUACUGCUGGUUCGGUCGCUACAGCAUGGGGGCCCCCUACUACGGCGCCAUCUUCGCCGCCUCCGCCUUCGGCGGUGGAAAAUCUAUCGUCGCUAUCGAUUCCGGGAAUAGCGCAUAUGCCGCUUAUGUUAUUUUCGGGGCAGACGGGAAUCCAGCGAGAGUUGCGUUGGUAAACUCGGAGUAUUUUACUAGUGGUACGAGGGGGAGUCAUGUUUUUGUUUUGGAGGGGUUGAAAGGGGAGAGUGUCCACGUGAAGAGGUUGACGGCACAAAGUGCGACGAGUAGGGUUGAUGAGGGGAGUAGUCCAACGUGGGGUGGGCAGAAAUUUGAGGAUGGGACGUGCAAAGUGGUAGGGACGGAGGUGAAGGAGACUGUGAAGGUUGAGGGCGUGAGGGCGAGUGUGAGUGUUGGGAGUAGUGAGGCGGUGGUGGUAUAUUUGUGA